UGUGGGCCGGGUCAUGUGACUAUGGGGCCUGCACUCGCUGGCUAGCCGAGUGAGAGGCAAGAUGGCGGCGGAGGCGGCGGGCGCUGUGGAGCGGGGCCCUGGGAACUCGGCCUGAGCCCGUCCGUCCCCCCCGUCUCCUCGGUGCGAGGUAUCUGCGUCCCCCUUACGUCUCCCAAGCCGUUCCCUCCCAGCUGAAGGAUGAGGGGCCGCCGGGGCAGGCCGCCCAAAUGCCCUGUGUUGCCCGACUGCUCCCCGGGGCCCACCGCCGGCCUGAGGUCCCGCCUCCGGGGCAGUAGCAGGGGCCGCUGGGCACCAGAGAACCAAGGGACUCCCCGUAACAGCAAUAGGGUCAGCUCCCCGCCCUCCAGCACUUCCCCCCGGGGCCGGAGGCGCAGGAAGGCCGGCACAGGCCGUGGAAGGGGUCGGGGUCGGGGCGGCCCCAGAGCAGGAGCCCGGAGGAACCUGAACAAAGUGGUGUAUGAUGAUCAUGAGAGCGAAGAGGAGGAGGAUGGGGUGCUGGGGGGCCGCAGGGACAGUGAGGAGGAGGAGGCAGACGAGGAGCCGGAGGAGGAGGAGGAUAUGGAGGAUUCGGAUUAUCAGCAGGAGGAGCUGGAGGAGGAGGAGGAGGAGGAGGAUGAUGCGAGUUACUGUACCGAGAGCAGCUUCAGGAGCCACAGCACCUACAGCAGCACCCCGGGAAGGCGAAAACCUAGAAUUCAUCGCCCCCGCUCUCCAAUAUUUGAGGAGAAAGACAUCCCUCCUUUGGAAUUGCCCAAGUCCUCGGAAGACUUACUGUUGCCCGGCGAGCACUUACUGAAUGUGGUUGCCAUCUACGAGGUGCUGAGGAACUUUGGCACCGUGCUGCGCCUCUCUCCUUUCCGCUUUGAGGACUUCUGUGCCGCUCUCGUCAGUCAGGAACAAUGCACUCUAAUGGCAGAGACUCACGUGGCGCUUCUGAAAGCCGUUCUGCGGGAGGAGGACAUGUCCAACACCACGUUUGGGCCUGCGGAUCUGAAGGAUAGCGUGAAUUCCACGUUGUACAUCAUCGAUGGUAUGACGUGGCCGGAGGUGCUGCGAGUGUACUGCGAGAGCGACCGAGAGUACCACCACGUGCUUCCAUACCAGGAGGUAGAAGAGUACCCCUACGGACCAAUCGAAAGCAAAGUGCAGGUUCUUCUUUUUUUAGUAGAUCAGUUUCUUACAACCAACAUGGCCCGCGAGGAACUCAUGUCCGAGGGGGUGAUCCAGUACGACGAUCACUGUCGGGUUUGUCAUAAACUGGGCGACUUGCUUUGCUGUGAGACCUGCUCGGCCGUCUACCACUUGGAGUGCGUUAAGCCCCCUCUGCAGGAGGUCCCGGAAGACGAAUGGCAGUGUGAGGUGUGUGUGGCACAUAAGGUGCCUGGAGUGAACGACUGCGUGGCUGAAAUCCAAAAAACCAAGCCGUAUAUUAGGCACGAGCCUAUUGGCUAUGACAGGAACAGACGGAAAUACUGGUUUCUCAACAGGCGGCUCAUUAUAGAGGAAUACUCCGAGACUGACAAGAAGAUCUGGUACUAUAGCACCAAAGUCCAGCUGGCAGAAGUGAUGGAAUGUCUAGAUGGCAGUUACUGGGAAGCGGAUCUCAGUAAAACCCUGGAGGAGCUGCAGCAGGAGAUCUACAGGCACAUGGAUAUAACCGAGGAGCUGACUAACAAAGCUCGGGGAAACAACAGGUCCUACCUGUCUGUGGCCAAUGAGGAAAUCUUGGAGAGAACGAAGGCCAGGCAGAGUUUGUUGGAGGAAAAGAAACCUUCCGAAGAAAAUGGUGCCGGGGCGAUUGUGAAGGGUAAAGAGGAGGGAAAAGCAGAGACAGAAGAGACAGAGGCGAUGGGCCCAGCAGAGCCCAUUGAUGGAGACAAAACUGCUGGAAAGGAAUCUAUAGAGCCAGGUUCCAACUCGGCUGAAGCUGCUGCUUCUCCUGCAAAGGCGCCACCUCCAGGGGCAUCAGAAGACUGCAGCAAGGUGGCAGAAGCUGAGAAGGGCACAGAUAAGUCUUCCUCUGCUGCUCAGCCAGAUAAAUUAUCUUCCCUUUUGUAUGAAGCCAAUCUGCCUGAUGCAGUCUCCAGUCCAAACAUUCCUCCAGCCUUUCAAGCUUGCAGAGAAGAUGGCAGCAGCGGUACAACCCCCCAGGAUUCACCCUGCACCAAGAACGAGCCCAGGAAACAGAGUGACAGCAGUGAGAGCGCUGAGGGCAGACAGAGCCCUGCUUCCAUCAAUCCUGAUGAAACAGCACCAACAGACGUAAAAUCGGAGAAGAUCAGCUUUGAGUACAGUGAUUGUUUGGGCGCAGGGAAAGGAUCCUCUCGCAUGGUGACCAGACUAAGGAACCCAGACAGCAAGUUAAGUCUGCUGAAGAACCAUCAGGUGUCAUCUGCAAUCCAUGAAGCAAAUAAGAUUUUUAAGGAAGGCAGAGAGGUUCUGGUGGUUAAUUCUCAAGGUGAAAUCUCCCGUCUCAGUACCAGGAAGGAAUUGAUCAUGAGGGGCACCCUGAGUCAUUAUUUUAAACUGGGCCAGGAGGGCAAAUACCGUGUGUAUCACAACCAGUACACCACCAAUUCUUUUGCACUGAAUAAACACCAGCACAGAGAAGACCAUGACAAAAGAAGGCACUUGUCGCACAAGUUCUGCAUGUCACCCCUGGGCGAGUUUAAAUGGAAUGGAUCCGUGCAUGGAUCCAAGGUACUGACAGUCUCCACAUUGAGAUUGACCAUAGUACAGCUCGAAAAUAAUAUCCCAGCGUCCUUCCUUCACCCCAACUGGGCCUCGCACAGGUCAAAUUGGAUAAAAGCAGUUCAGAUGUGUAGCAAACCCCGAGAGUUUGCGCUUGCCAUAGCAAUCCUGGAGUGCGCCAUCAAACCUGUUGUCAUACUACCAAUAUGGAGGGAUUGUUUAGGCCACACAAGGUUACGUAGAAUGACCUCGCUGGAGAGGGAAGAAAAGGACAAGGUCAAGAAAAAGGAGAGAAAGCAAGAGGAGGAGGAGAGUAUGCAACAAGCCACGUGGGUGAAGUAUUCAUUCCCCGUGAAACACCAGGUUUGGAAACAAAAAGGAGAGGAGUAUAGAGUCACUGGCUAUGGAGGUUGGUGCUGGGUCAGUAAAACACACGUAUCUAGGUCUGUUCCUCGCUUUCCUGGAAACACAAAUGUCUCCUAUAGGAAACACCUUGUUAAGGGAGGAGAGAACGCUGAAAGUCUGCCAUCAUUAGACAAAAGGAACAGCUUGGAAAAGGUUAAAUUAGAAGACAACUUAAAGCCUGAGGAGUCUGACAAUGGUCUAAUAGAAAAUUCCAAAGCUAUACCCGAUUCAGUGAAUGUAAAGGACCAAAUGAAAAAAGAGGAGAGUGAAAAAGACGAGAAGAUGGAAGUUCAUGCAGAGAAAGUUCCCAUAGGUGACAAAGAUCAAAAAGACCUGCCCUGUGAAAGCAAUAAUACAAUUAAGGAAGAAGCAAUGGAAGUUGACAAAGUCAAAUCUGAAUCUUGUAGGAAAGAGACUUUUCCAGAUGCAGAUUUAAUCAACAUUAGUGAGGGCUUCCAGGCCAGAACAUGGUAUAAAAAGAAGGUAAAAACAUCCCGGCUAGAUGGGCUACUUGAAAGACGCGUCAAGCAGUUCACACUGGAAGAAAAACAGCGCAUAGAGAAAUUAAAACUGGAGCAUGCUGCCAAAAAUGGCACAAGUAUCUCAUCCUCUCAGCCACAAAGCAUUUCCAGUAGCAGCAACUUAAUCAGCAGCCAAGCUAACAAAGUAUCGGCUAUUCAUGGGGGUAGCUUAGACAAGACUGAAAUUCCAAAACCUAAUGAGAACUGUACUGGUACUGGUGGUGCUAAACCCAACACACUGCCCUCAGGUAUGCUCCCUCUAACUGAGGCCACAAAAAACCAUUCCUUAUCUGUUCCUAGCCUGGAGAGCCAGCAACAAACAGAGAGUAUUGGCUACAACCAAGCUAAUGUAAUUCAGAGGGAAGGAAAGGAGAGAUGCUCAGAAGCUCUAGGGCCAACACAGGCAGCUGCAUUGAAUUCUGCGCAGUCAGAUAAUCCCAGGCAAACAGGGGACUGCCAUUCUCCUCUAACUGCUUCAGAAGGUAAAGGAUCAAAUAAAGACAUUUCUGCAAGUUUCUCAGUGGGAAUUGAUGCCAGAACUAGUAGUGUCCAGCCUUCUCCUGUGGUUCUUGCAGGAGAUCUAGACUGUCCUGAAAGCUGUUUGGCCAGUAAAGAAGCAGCUGAAACCCAUUGUCAGACAGUGGAGCAUUUAACUGAAAAGCCCAAAUCCCUCUCUGGGGGGGAGGAGAAGGACUGCAGUAUAGCAGAAAGGAAAGCGGUUAAGGGAAGCAGCUCGUCCGAUGACUGGAGUAGCAAGGAUGAAAGGAUCAAAAGCCAACUUGCAAAAUCUGAGCCUUUAGCAGAAAAAAUAAAUUGCUCGAAAUCUGCAGCCAACAAGUCACUGUGUGAUGGUUUAUUAGAUUCCCCAAACCCCACAGCUAAUGGGAAAGAUGAAAAACUGGGUAGGGAUGCUAACUCUCUGGAACAUACCGGUGACAAACACUGCAAUAAGUGGGACAAACAUGUAAAGCAGAGAAAUGGCACAGAGGACAUGGCAGCAUCUCAGGUCAAUGGGAAAGAUGAGGAUUCUAAUGAGGGCUUAGCCAGUGAUAUAAAGGCUGAGAUGAGGAAUGCUCGGCCCAUUGAGCCAAAGGCAAACAACAUCUCAAAAAUUGUCUCUGAACAUGAUAUUAAAUCAAAGGAACCCACCGACAAACCUCUCAUGAAUGGGGACAUUAGCACUGAGGGUGCACAAGAGAAACACUCUAGGUUCUUUGAUGGGGAGUUAAAAGAAAUGUUGAAUGUGGGCGACGGAAAGUUGGCAUCUCAUUCAGAAAAGUUUGUGUCUGAGGAAAAAUGUCUUGAUUUUACGGGAAAAAUCUCUCCGUCCUCAAGCACAAGAGACAGUUUGCCUGUUGCCACGGAAGCCAUGGACACCGACGAGGUGCAGAAAAGAAACCUUUCUUCCCUCACAUCGGGGGAAGAUUCUAGUGUGAGCAGUGAUUUUGCUGAGCAUAAUGGUGUGCACACCGACGCCAGCGGGAAGACCCAAAUUACAACUGUCGUCACCCAAGUUACCACAAUGUCAACCACGUCCGUAUCUAAAACAAUUGUUGAAGUGUCUUGUCAGUCUUCUAACCGUGCAGAGACCACUGUCGUUUCAUCCACAGAGAACACUUCUAUUUCCAGCAUCACCAAAACCACUACCGUGACAAAGGCCACUGUCCCCGACCCAAGCACGGAUACUGAAGCGGUGUCUGUAAAGGAGCACAGUAAAGCCACAGUGACCACAACUGUUAAAGAUUCACUGACCACUGCUGCUGGCACCAUUCUGUCCUCUGUAACCGUCAGCAAAGAAUAUUCCACUAAAGACAAAGUUAAACUCAUUAAAUUCACCCGGCCAAAAAAGAUGCGCUCAGGGACCGCUCUCCCAUCUUACAGAAAGUUCGUUACCAAGAGUAACAAAAAGAGCAUCUUUGUCCUGCCGAACGACGAACUGAAAAGGCUCUGUCGCAAGGGAGGUAUACGGGAGGUUCCUGGCUUCAAUUAUAAUGCCAAGCCUGUGCAAGAUAUUUGGCCCUAUCCCUCACCCAGACCUACCUUUGGAAUUACAUGGAGGUAUCGUCUUCAAACAGUGAAGUCAUUGGCUGGUGUGAGUCUCAUGCUGCGCUUGCUGUGGGCAAGUUUACGAUGGGAUGACAUGGCAGCUAAGCCCCCUCCAGGUGGGGGGAUAACAAAGACAGAAACCUCUGAAAGUGAGAUUACAACUACUGAGAUCAUCAAGAGGAGAGAUGUUGGUCCAUAUGGGAUACGAUCAGAAUAUUGCAUUAGGAAGAUCAUUUGUCCUUUGGGCAUUCCAGAGGCACCAAAAGAAUCACCUAUUCCCCAGAGGAAGGGGCUUCGAUCAAGUGCCUUGAGGCCCAAGAGACCAGUAAUCCCCAAGCAGACAGGUCCUAUCAUUCUAGAGACUUGGGUCCCCGAGGAGGAACUGGAGAUAUGGGAGAUUAAAUGCUUUUCAGAAAGGGUGGAGAAAGAAAAGGUCCAGGCUGUGGAGCAGCAGUCUAAGGUUAGUGAUCAGAAGAAGUCAGAGGAGAUGAAGGCCCAAGUGGAGGCUCAACUAAAGCAACAGCGCUUGACCGCUCAGCAGAAACGCCUGGAGCAGCAGAAACAGCAGCCUUGUGUGAGCAAUAUCUCCUCCAGCAGCCCUGCUACUCCCCUCUCCACUCCCCACAAAGUGAUGGUGGGCUCCGUCACCCCCGGAACCAAAGUUGUUCUUGCAACAAAGGUCGGCUCUCCAGCAACCGUAACAUUCCAGCAGAACAAGAACUUUCACCAGACGUUUGCAACUUGGGUUAAGCAAGGCCAGACCACUACAGCUUCCAGCACAACUGUUACGUCCAGUCCUACCAUCACCACAUCGGGCCAGAACUACCAGAUUACAGGCAGCCCAGUUACUAUGGCUGGCAAAGUCAUCACAAAGCUUCCUCUGCCAGUGAAUAGUAAGCUAGUUGCAGUGAAUGUGCCAGCAACCCAAGGAGUAGUUCAGGUGCAGCCGAAAGUAUUGGGACUCAUUCCUACGAAUGCAGGAGGGCAGCAGACUUACAGCACCUUCCAGCCUCGGACGGCAACUGUUGCUAUUCGGCAGAGCUCACCAGGAACUACUUGUGCUACAACCACCAGCCAGCAGGUAAUAACUGCAGGGGCCCAGAUAAGACCAGGGGUGGCAGUUAUAAGGACCCCCAUACAGCAAUCUGCAAUGGGAAAGAACUUUAUACGGGCACCGCUUGUUGUACAGCAGGGGAUCCUUCCAUCAGGGCAGCCUCAGCAGGUUGUAACUCAAUUUGUAAGAGGCCAGCCUGUCUCCACCACGGUGGCCGCUGGCACUACUGUUUCUAGUGGGGCACAGAAGGUUGGCACACCCAUACAGCAGCCUCAGCCACAGGCCACCACCCCUCAAGCUGCCAAACCCCAGCAAGGACAAGUAAAGCUGACAAUGGCACAGCUAACGCAGCUUACCCAGGGCCAGGGUGGUGGGCAGAGCCUCACUGUUGUUGUUCAGGGACAGGGACAGACUACUGGCCAAUUGCAGUUGAUUCCUCCGGGGAUGACAAUCAUUCCAACCCCAGGGCAGCAGCUGAUGCAGGCAGCCAUGCCAAACGGCACCAUCCAGCGGUUCCUCUUCACUCCAUUACCUGCCGUGUCCUCGGCAACCAGCACAACCCAGAUAUCGACCCCCUCCGCUUUCUCAGAAGCCUCUGGGCAGAAACCUUCCCCCCAGAAUCUGGUGCAGAACAGCCAACCUCCACCUCCUCCAUUGGCCCCUUCCAAGGCACCAUGCCCACCACUGACCUCUGACCAAGAAAGGUCUGCCCUGGAUCCCUCUGAAGCAGCAGUCACCAAGGCUCAGAUCCCAACAUCCUCUCCAGCUCAAGUGUCGGUGCUGGCUCCGGCCUUGACCCAUCCUAGCCCGGCAUCUCAGUCUGGGCCACAGCCUCCUCUCACCCCUCAGCCCCUGUCCCAGCUGCCGCCUGAUACACUGCUACCUUUGGAACAGCCACACACACUUUCAGCAGCUGAGGCCUCGCAGCCCAAGGAAGCUCAGCCAACCAUCUCUGGCCAGCCUGAAACCAAAUCUUCCUGUCAGGCAUCCGUAUCACAGGCUCUUCCACAAGUCGCACCCCAGUCACCAAUUCAGAGCCGGCCUCAGACCCAGACUGCGCCGCUGGUACAGGGCCAGGUUCCACAAACUGUCCAUAUGACACUGCCAGCUUCCUUCAAAAUCCAGUCACCAGUACAACAGCUGCAAGCAUCAGGCCCAGCGCAGAGCCACAUGCAGACAAUUGCGACUGGGCAGUCCCCUUCCCGAGCACAGUUGCACAUUCAGCCGCCCCACACCCAGGUAAUAACUGUCCCUCAGCUCCAGCAGCAGGUGCAGGUCUUUUCCCAUUUGCAGUCCCAUGUGGUAGCCCAGAUACAGGCACAACCAGGAGGGAUCCCCCAGCAAAUCAAACUGCAGCUGCCUUUCCAAAUCCAGCAGGCCGCUGCUGUUCAGGCGCAUCAGAUCCAGAAUGUCGUUGCCGUUCAGGCAGCUAGUGUGCAGGAGCAGCUGCAGAGGAUGCAACAACUCAAAGAGCAAAAGAAAAAGCAGCAAGACGUGAAACGAGAGCAGAGCCUUCAUUCCUCCAGCCAGAGCGAUAUCAUCCAGAAACAGGUUGUAAUGAAGCAGAACGCUGCUAUAGAGCACUUGAAACAGAAGAAGACGCUGUCCCCUCUGGAACGGGAAGAGAAUCAGAGGAUGAUUGUGUGCAACCAAGUGAUGAAGUACAUCUUGGAUAAAAUUGACAAGGAGGAAAAACAAGCGGCGAAGAAGCGGAAGCGCGAGGAGAGUGUGGAGCAGAAGCGGUGCAAGCAGAAUGCCAGCAAGCUCUCCGCCCUGCUGUUCAAGCACAAGGAGCAGCUCAAGGCAGAGAUUCUAAAGAAGCGGGCACUGCUGGACAAGGACUUACAGAUAGAGGUGCAGGAAGAGCUAAAGAAAGACCGUAGCAAAAUACAAAAGGAAAAGGAGAGAGCUGAAGCCGCUGCUGCCGCCGCAGUGGCACCCAUGCCGACAACGCCACCACUGUCCUCUCCCCCCCCACCACAGAGCACACAGGGUGCAAACUCUCCAGCGGCCAUCUCACCCCCUGCAUCUACCCACAAAAGGAAAAGAGACGAGGAUAAAGAGCCUGUCCCUUCUAAGUCCAAGAAGAAGAAAAUGAUUUCCACUACCUCAAAGGAAUCUAAAAAAGACAACAAGAUUUACUGCAUCUGCAAGACUCCGUACGAUGAGUCCAAGUUCUAUAUUGGCUGUGAGCUAUGUGGUAACUGGUUUCAUGGAGAAUGUGUUGGGAUCACAGAGAAAGAAGCAAAGAAAGUGGAUGUGUACAUCUGUAAUGAUUGUAAGCGGCCACAAGAGGGCAACAGUGAGGAGUUGUAUUGUAUCUGCAGAACGCCUUAUGAUGAUACACAGUUCUAUAUUGGCUGUGACCGCUGCCAGAACUGGUUUCACGGGCGAUGUGUUGGCAUUCUGCAAAGCGAAGCCGACUACAUUGAUGAAUAUGUCUGCCCGCAAUGCCAGUCCACUGAGGACGCCAUGACGGUGCUCAGUCCCCUCACAGACAAAGACUAUGAGGGACUGAAGCGCGUUCUGCGAUCGUUACAGUCUCACAAGAUGGCCUGGCCUUUCCAAGAGCCUGUGGAUCCUGUAGAUGCGCCAGAUUAUUAUGGAGUUAUUAAAGAGCCAAUGGAUCUCUCUACCAUAGAAGAGCGGAUAAAGACCCGAUUCUACAAGAAGCUGACAGAGUUUGUAGCUGACAUGACCAAAAUAUUUGAUAAUUGUCGUUACUACAAUCCCAGCGAUUCCUUUUUCUAUCAGAGCGCGGAGGUUCUGGAAUCCUUCUUUGUUCAGAAGUUGAAGGCUUUUAAGGCAAGCAGAUUGUGAUACUUUUUGUCUGAUCAUUUUAACUGGAAUUGCGCCCUGGAUGUUGUCUCUCCAUGGUUGUGUUUUGGGGUUAUUUGUCUGUCUUCUUGGCAUUGUUUAAAAAAAACAAUACAAGUCUCCCCCACUCUCUCUCAGCACCAUCUGUCUCGCCAUGUUAAGCUCCACCCAUUGGCGCCGAUUGUCAUCCUAUAAGCUAAAGCCGUUCCCUGUGGCAGUACUGUAGUAAGGACAUGUGGCCAAGUGCCUGAAAUUGUAUUUUAUUGUACAAAAGUGGUGUUGCUCCUGAGUGGUGUAUAACCCAGCACAACAGCUCCCUGGCCACCAGUGUACAGUGCAGAAACCAGUGUAAAAUAUUAUAUAUUUUUGUACAUAUAAUGUAUCGUUUAUUUGCAACCGUAUCAAUUGUGGAAAUUCCUUUAGAUGAUCACUAAGACUUUUUCUUUUCCCCUUAAUGUUUUGCCUGUCACCCCAUAUGAGCAGAUAUAAACGGUGUUGGCUUAACUGUCCACAUUGGCGUGCCGGGGGACCCCUUUGGGCACAGCCGGGAGACCCCUUUGGGCACAGCCGGGAGACCCCUUUGGGCACAGCCGGGGGACCCCUUUGGGCACAGCCGGGGGACCCCUUUGGGCACAGCCGGGGGACCCCUUUGGGCACAGCCGGGGGACCCCUUUGGGCACAGCCGGGAGACCCCUUUGGGCACAGCCGGGGGACCCCUUUGGGCACAGCCGGGGGACCCCUUUGGGCACAGCCGGGGGACCCCUUUGGGCACAGCCGGGAGACCCCUUUGGGCACAGCCGGGAGACCCCUUUGGGCACAGCCGGGAGACCCCUUUGGGCACAGCCGGUGGCUCGUUUAUGGCUUCCAAUCUCUGGGCUCUUGCAGUGCCCUCUCAGCUGGUUUUAGCCCCCACAUGUAGCUGAUAGAUGUAGGGCCAUGCUGCUGGGUUUGUGGGGUUAACUCCCUUAUUUUGUGUGUUACGCAGGUCUCACAGCAAGAAGCUGCAGUCUCCAUCUUAAUAGCAUAAAAGGUAGAACCCCUCCCGUCAGUGCCACGCAGCUGGAAUAUUGCUGGGCGUUUUUACUCACUAGGUCCUGUGAUGCUAUAGGAUUCUUAAUUUGUCCAAAGGACAAAGCAGAGAAAAGUUGGGGUGGGGGGGGAAUGUUUUUCUAGCCCUCGUUUUUGUCCUCAAGACAAAAUAAAAAAAAAAGGAAUAAGAAUUUGAAUAAAGAAGAAAAGCGCAAUCAAAGCGAUGGAGUCGGGAGCUCCAUGGAAAUGCCACGUCUGUUCUUCAGUGAAGAAGCUGGUUUAAAGUCCACAUUGAUACCUUCUGACUGUGUUUAUUUAUUGUUGAAAAGAGACACUUUUUUAUUGCUGCCCUUGUUUGUCAACUAAUUAUUUUUUCUUAUUAAAACAAAAGAAAAUUAAGACAAAACAAAAAAAAAAAAAACCAAGAAUUUGCCAUUGGCCAAGCCUCAUCCAGUUGCAGAUUUGUCCCGCCUUUUCCCAUGAUUCCUGUUAGUAAUGUACAAGACCUGUCUUUUCUUUCUAUGAAAGGAGCUGCUAUCUGUACAAAGGGGCACCCCCAAAACUGCCCAGUUGGCUCAGUGGGUUCAGAGUAAAGUUCAUUUAGAAUCAACCCAUGAUCUGGGGACUAGAGACUUGCGCAGGGAGGAGUCUGCCCGUCCCGCCGGAACAGAAGAGUCUAUUUGAAGGUAUCUUGUUUGUAAACAUUUGUCAGAUUAAACUUUUUUCCUUUUGUAUUAAAACUCAGAAUAUGUAUGUAUAUGAAACAAAAUAAAUGGAGAUAACGGACGCUCCCUAGAAACAUUGCAAUACA